GCAUGUUAUUUGAACAAAGGAUGCUAAUUAAUAUUACAAGAUCCUGUGGAUAUGACACCGUGAUUAAUCAGCUCUUCUUUGUGUGACACAGAUCUCCAGAUGGACUUUACAUUGCAAUUCAUUGAUUUAAAGAAGAUUUAAAAAUGGCUCUUGGAGUGAAAGAGGAAAAAACAACACAGAAAAGAAGAUCUGAAUGUUUUAAUCUGAGUUUUAUUUUUCUCUUGCUGAAUAUUAGCAGUUUUGUUGUUCCAGUCACAGGAUUUUAUAUGAAGUCCUGCCAUAUCAGUUACGAAAACGCCAUAUGUACCAAGAGUAAUCUCAAUACGAUUCCUGAAGAUAUUCCCAAAACGGUGAAAGGUUUUGCCCUGUCUGGGAACAAAAUUUCCAAAAUACAAGCAUCAAAUUUAAAAGAAUUCUCUGUUUUGACGCAGUUAGACCUAAACCGAAACUUAAUUUCGCAUAUUGAGGAAGGCGCCUUUGCCGAUCUGAUUUCCCUCAAGAAAUUAAAUCUAAAUAAUAACAAGCUUGUUAAACUUGAAGAUAAUAUUUUUCACGGUUUGAGCAACCUCACCGAGCUCAGGAUCAACAGUAAUUACAUCAAGUCGGUGGCAUCCACCUCUUUUAAGUCCUUGACAAGCUUGACGUUUUUGGACAUCUCCAACAACAAACUGCGCAACUUGACAAAAGUUCCCACUAUAUUACAGCAUCUGCCAAAUCUACGGGAGCUGUCAUUGGGAAAUAACAACAUUACCAAUUUUUCUUCGUGGGAACUGACUAAUAGCUCGCUAAAACUCACUGCCCUUGAUUUGUCUAUAAAUCCCAUUGCUGUCUUCAGGAUCACCGCAGAUGUUUUUCCAAAUCUCACCUGGUUGAAAUUCGGCUUCCCUUCCUCAAAGGUACAAAUUAAAUGGGACAUUCGUAACAAGACUUUUUUUAGUAGAGUGUCUACUCUUGAUAUUAGUGGGCUUCAAAUCGAUAACGAUGCCAUGAAAACAGUACGAGAGAACUUCAACCCCUCACUGACUUCUCUGAGGAUGAAUGGAAUGAAACAUACAUACCUUACUAAACUAAUCAACGUUUCCUGCUCCAUCCCAACAGUGUCCACACUCCAACUCAGACGUAACAACCUACGUUUUGUCAAUGCACAAUUCUUCCAGUUGUGUAUUAACAUAACAGAGAUAGAUUUAGCCGGAAAUAAGAUACGAAAUAUCAGUGAUGAGGCCUUCAGAUCUGUACAAGGUUUAAAGAUCUUGAGUCUGACUCAAAACAAACUUCUAUCCGUUCCAGUUGCCAUAAGGAAUCUACCAUCUCUCGAAGAGCUGGAUCUCAGCAAGAAUGACAUCAAAACACUUGAAUGCAACGAUUUCGCCAAUCUUACAAAGCUCAGGCAUCUCAGCCUUCAUCAGACUUCAAUCUCAGCUCUCAAAGAGUGCGUCUUCAGGGAUUUGGUACAAUUGCAAGUUUUAAAGUUACAGAACAACAGCAUCUCCAAAUUAGAUGGAGCUUUUAAAAGCUCCCUGCCAAAUCUAAAACAACUGCGUUUGAAUCUGAAUAAACUCACCGCCAUUAAACACUCGGAAUUUGCAGGCUUGCAGGCACUCCAAAACUUGUCAUUAAAUGACAAUCAAAUCAGUAAACUUGAAAAUGGGUCUUUUUUCGGCUUAAGGAAUCUAACCGAUAUUCAGCUGAAUGGGAAUAGAAUAGAUGAAAAGGGACUACUCAAAGGUUUUUUCGAUGAUCUGAUCAAUUUAAAAUCAUUGGAUUUGAGGGACAAUGAAAUUAAAUUCAAAAAGUGUGUAGCUUUGCCUUACCCACCAUUUUCUAAGCUGUCCCGUCUGGAGACGUUGGUGUUUACUGGAAAUUACCGCAGGGUGAAGUCCCUGCUGCCUUCCAACUUCCUCCAAGGUUUGACAAAUCUUUUGGUUUUCAGAGCCAGGAACGCUCAACUUUUAUCCUUGCACAAAGACACGUUUAGUUACACACCGCGACUGCAAACACUUGACAUUAGCACAAAUGACCUCACAAAUCUCUCUCCCGAGUUGUUUUACCCAAUCCGAGGCCUUGAAAGCCUCUACAUAUCCAAAACAAGCCUUCAGUCUCUGGAUUUCUUUAUAGAAGCAAACCUUUCUAAGCUGGAGUUCCUGCAGGCAAGAAGGAAUCAACAUUCAGUUUUCAGUGAGGAAGUUAUAGAGUCCCUUCCGGCUCUCGUUUACCUCGACCUGCAAGGCAAUAGCUUCACCUGUGACUGUGAUAACGCCUGGUUCCUCCGUUGGGCAGAUACCAACAAUCAAACGCAAGUUUAUGACGCCUACAACUUUGCGUGCAACUAUCCUUCAGACCUUAAAGGUAGUAAACUGUUGGACCUAGACGUGCAUUCCUGCACAGUGGACACUGAGUUUAUCUACUUUAUCUCCACCACAUGCAUGGUCCUCCUGUUCAUGUUGGUGUCCUUCACCUACCAUUUCCUGAGGUGGCAGCUGGCCUACGCCUACUACCUCUUUCUGGCUUUGCUCUUUGACACAAAGCAUAAAAACAAGCAAGCUCCCAAUCAGUACGACGCCUUCGUCUCCUACAACACCCAUGAUGAGCCCUGGGUCAUCAGGGACCUGUUGCCAAAGCUGGAAGGGGAGCAGGGCUGGAGAUUGUGUCUGCACCAUCGAGACUUCGAGCCAGGAAAACCCAUCAUAGACAACAUCACAGAUGCCAUCUAUGGAAGCAGGAAGACCAUCUGUGUGAUCAGUCGCAGGUAUCUGGAGAGCGAGUGGUGCUCCAGAGAGAUCCAGGUGGCCAGCUUCCGUCUGUUCGAUGAGCAGAAGGACGUGCUGAUCCUGGUGUUUCUGGAGGACAUCCCCAUCGCUCAGCUGUCUCCUUACUACCGCAUGAGGAAGCUGCUGAAGAGGCGGACCUACCUGAGCUGGCCUCGAGCCGGGGAGCACCCCGAGCUGUUCUGGGAGAAACUCCGCCAGGCUCUGAAGACCGGAGAAGACCUCGGUGAAGACAAUUUCCUCCUCAAUAUGGUGGACAUACCUAAAGAAGAUUUAAAAAUGGCUCUUGAAGUGAAAGAGGAAAAAACAACACAGAAAAGAAGAUCUGAAUGUUUUAAUCUGAGUUUUAUUUUUCUCUUGCUGAAUAUUAGCAGUUUUGUUGUUCCAGUCACAGGAUUUUAUAUGAAGUCCUGCCAUAUCAGUUACGAAAACGCCAUAUGUACCAGGAGUAAUCUCACUACGAUUCCUGAAGAUAUUCCCAAAACGGUGAAAGGUUUUGCCUUGUCUGGGAACAAAAUUUCCAAAAUACAAGCAUCAAAUUUAAAAGAAUUCUCUGUUUUGACGCAGUUAGACCUAAACCGAAACUUAAUUUCGCAGAUUGAGGAAGGCGCCUUUGCCGAUCUGAUUUCCCUCAAGAAAUUAAAUCUAAAUAAUAACAAGCUUGUUAACCUUGAAGAUAAUAUUUUUCAUGGUUUGAGCAACCUCACCGAGCUCAGGAUCAACAGUAAUUACAUCAAGUUGGUGGCAUCCACCUCUUUUAAGUCCUUGACAAGAUUGACGUUUUUGGACAUCUCCAACAACAAACUGCGCAACUUGACAAAAGUUCCCACUAUAUUACAGCAUCUGCCAAAUCUACGGGAGCUGUCAUUGGGAAAUAACAACAUUACCAAUUUUUCUUCGUGGGAACUGACUAAUAGCUCGCUAAAACUCACUGCCCUUGAUUUGUCUAUAAAUCCCAUUGCUGUCUUCAGGAUCACCGCAGAUGUUUUUCCAAAUCUCACCUGGUUGAAAUUCGGCUUCCCUUCCUCAAAGGUACAAAUUAAAUGGGACAUUCGUAACAAGACUUUUUUUAGUACAGUGUCUACUCUUGAUAUUAGUGGGCUUCAAAUCGAUAACGAUGCCAUGAAAACAGUACGAGAGAACUUCAACCCCUCACUGACUUCGCUGAGGAUGAAUGGAAUGAAACAUACAUACCUUACUAAACUAAUCAACGUUUCCUGCUCCAUCCCAACAGUGUCCACACUCCAAUUCAGACGUAACAACCUACGUUUUCUCAAUGCACAAUUCUUCCAGUUGUGUAUUAACAUAACAGAGAUAGAUUUAGCCGGAAAUAAGAUACGAAAUAUCAGUGAUGAGGCCUUCAGAUCUGUACAAGGUUUAAAGAUCUUGAGUCUGACUCAAAACAAACUUCUAUCCGUUCCAGUUGCCAUAAGGAAUCUACCAUCUCUCGAAGAGCUGGAUCUCAGCAAGAAUGACAUCAAAACACUUGAAUGCAACGAUUUCGCCAAUCUUACAAAGCUCAGGCAUCUCAGCCUUCAUCAGACUUCAAUCUCAGCUCUCAAAGAGUGCGUCUUCAGGGAUUUGGUACAAUUGCAAGUUUUAAAGUUACAGAACAACAGCAUCUCCAAAUUAGAUGGAGCUUUUAAAAGCUCCCUGCCAAAUCUAAAACAACUGCGUUUGAGUUUAAAUAAACUCACCGCCAUUAAACGCUUGGAAUUUGCAGGCUUGCAGACACUCCAAAACCUGUCAUUAAAUGGCAAUCAAAUCAGUAAACUUGAAAAUGGGUCUUUUUUCGGCUUAAGGAAUCUAACCGAUAUUCAGCUGAAUGGGAAUAGAAUAGAUGAAAAGGGACUACUCAAAGGUUUUUUCGAUGAUCUGAUCAAUUUAAAAUCAUUGGAUUUGAGGGACAAUAAAAUUAAAUUCAAAGAGAGUGUAGCUUUGCCUUACCCACCAUUUUCUAAGCUGUCCCGUCUGGAGACGUUGGUGUUUACUGGAAAUUUCCGCAGGGGGAAGUCCCUGCUGCCUUCCAACUUCCUCCAAGGUUUGACAAAUCUUUUGGUUUUCAGAGCCAGGAACGCUCAACUUUUAUCCUUGCACAAAGACACGUUUAGUUACACACCGCGACUGCAAAAUCUUGACAUUAGCGUAAAUGACCUCACAAAUCUCUCUCCCGAGUUGUUUUACCCAAUCCAAGGCCUUGAAAGCCUCUACAUAUCCAAAACAAGCCUUCAGUCUCUGGAUUUCUUUAUAGAAGCAAACCUUUCUAAGCUGGUGUUCCUGCAGGCAAGAAGGAAUCAACAUUCAGUUUUCAGUGAGGAAGUUAUAGAGUCCCUUCCGGCUCUCGUUUACCUCGACCUGCAAGGCAAUAGCUUCACCUGUGACUGUGAUAACGCCUGGUUCCUCCGUUGGGCAGAUACCAACAAUCAAACGCAAGUUUAUGACGCCUACAACUUUGCGUGCAACUAUCCUUCAGACCUUAAAGGUAGUAAACUGUUGGACCUAGACGUGCGUUCCUGCACAGUGGACACUGAGUUCAUCUACUUUAUCUCCACCACAUGCAUGGUCCUCCUGUUCAUGUUGGUGUCCUUCACCUACCAUUUCCUGAGGUGGCAGCUGGCCUACGCCUACUACCUCUUUCUGGCUUUGCUCUUUGACACAAAGCAUAAAAACAAGCAAGCUCCCAAUCAGUACGACGCCUUCGUCUCCUACAACACCCAUGAUGAGCCCUGGGUCAUCAGGGACCUGUUGCCAAAGCUGGAAGGGGAGCAGGGCUGGAGAUUGUGUCUGCACCAUCGAGACUUCGAGCCAGGAAAACCCAUCAUAGACAACAUCACAGAUGCCAUCUAUGGAAGCAGGAAGACCAUCUGUGUGAUCAGUCGCAGGUAUCUGGAGAGCGAGUGGUGCUCCAGAGAGAUCCAGGUGGCCAGCUUCCGUCUGUUCGAUGAGCAGAAGGACGUGCUGAUCCUGGUGUUUCUGGAGGACAUCCCCAUCGAUCAGCUGUCUCCUUACUACCGCAUGAGGAAGCUGCUGAAGAGGCGGACCUACCUGAGCUGGCCUCGAGCCGGGGAGCACCCCGAGCUGUUCUGGGAGAAACUCCGCCAGGCUCUGAAGACCGGAGAAGACCUCGGUGAAGACAGUUUCCUCCUCAAUAUGGUGGACAUACGGAGAUGAAAAGGAAAAACAAUCAACAAGGUUUACAGAAAGUGUAUUUCAAUGGAGUCUUCUUGGAAUCUGUUGGGUUGUUUUACCACAAAAUUGCCAUAAAGUGUAUCUGAGGGAGGCUACUGGUAUUACAAUGUAAUACCAACUUGAUCAGCUGAUCCAACUGGUCUCACUGAAAUGGAAAAUGAGGAGUCAGAACUUGAACAGUUCCCAUUCAACCAAACUGGAAGACCAACUUAUGACUAAGUAUGAGUGAAAUUAGUUUUUCCAUCAUGAGCUUCUCUAAUGGGGCGGUGAACUGGUAAUGACAGAUGAUGUUGUAAAUACUAUAUAGAAUAGAAUAAAAGACUGUGGUCUAGCAAAAAAGUAGAGAACUGACUUUUUAAACUAGAAAAUGAUACUACCACACUUUUAACCUGCAACAGUUUAACCUGCAAAACAUGUUGCCACAUUGUCAUGAUUACUUAUAUUGUAUAUAUGGUCAUUUUCAGUAUUUUGAAAUGUAGAAACUGGCCGGAAACCAGUAACAAUGUUGCUCGGAAACCUUGCUCAAGGAAUUUGUAAAAAUGUAUAUUCUGAAAAGCUUUACAUUGACUAUGGAGAAAAAAUGCAUAAAGUCUGUAUUAAUCUGCAACCAGCAGCACACAAUCUUGUUAAUUUUUAGGCUUUUUAUAUUCUAAAUGUUAAACUCGUGUUUGUUUGAGCCCUAGACCUAAUUGAACUCAUGCCUUGCAGUCAAGCUUAGUUCGAACCCACAUUACUUUAUUUUCCCCAAAGUUUCCAAAUAAACCAAAUCUGUGGAGUUACAUUUGGGGGAAAUGUGAUGCAAAAUACAUCAUGUUAUUUUGAUGUUUUCAAUAAAUUAAGAUGAUACAAAACAUAAAUGAUAAACUGAGACUAGGUCCAAUAAGUUGAUUUUAACAGCUAUUAAACUAUUUAUAGUAAAAAAAAAUAAAAAUAAAAAAUGCUUUAACUAUAACUUCUCAUCUGACAUGCAUUUCAUUUAUUGGUUCAUUUAUUGGUUUAUUUAAGAUAAGGACAGUGUCCAAUAAAUGCAUUGUACCAGAUAGCUCUGGAAUUAUUGAUAUUUUUUUUUUAUUACAACUGUACUACAUUAUCAGAGCCAGACAACCAAUGUCUUCUUUUGGGUAAAACUUUGUUAAAUUGCCUAAUAUCUAAUGCAUCAUUUUUUAACUCCAUCCUCUUGUCAUCAUAAUAUUUAUAUUAUAUUACGUUGAAUGCAUAUUUCAAAGUGCUAAUCUUGAUUUUCACUGUAAUUGAAAUUCUGACUUUUGAUUGACUAAUCACUGUAAAAUAAGAUGAAAUGUUUAAUGUGCAGCAUAUAUGAUGAUUUUAUGACAUUUUUUAAUUAUUCGUUCUAUCGAGAUAAAAUUAAACCCUCAUUGAUCAAAUUUUAAGUCAUUUUUCAAAUAUAUUAAUUGAAAAGGUUGUAAUAAAGGUAUGAAAUGUGUUGACAUGGUGCAUGUAGUGAAACUCAAAGACAGACACAUGUAUUAUCAAACAACUAUUUUAAUAAAUUAUAAGCAAAACUU